AUGAAGCCCGGCCUCUUCAAAUCCGCCUCGAGCGCUGGACGCCCUAAAGCGGGCCAGUCCAAUGUUCGCGGGAAACUUAUAUCUGGACCUAUACCGAUUCCUGAUCCCGCUGAAGAUGACGAGUUUCCUAUGCGCCAACCUGGCACAGGACUUGCCACGCCGUUAGGCCACGAAGGCAGGAGCAAGAUGUUGGUUACCCCCGAAGGCUCGUCCGCACUUGAGCCUACUAUCGAGACGGGCGCAACACCUGACGUACCUGAGAGCGCGAACCCAGAGCCGAGGACCGGCCCAAGCCAGGCCUCAGAAACAUCCGGCAGCCUAGCACAACGACGUGCCAAUCGAUCGAGCACGCUGAGGUAUUCAACGAUCAGCACAACUGAUACGGAUCAGAGUCGCAAUUCGCCUCAGCGUAAAAAGUCGACACUACGAACCACACUAAGUCGACUUUUUGGACGAAAGAAGAAAAGGGGCAGCAAUGAAGGAUUGGAGACUCAUCCAGAGCAUCCCAUGGGAUCCCCCCAACAUCGAAGUGACCCAUCCGCUAUGAACCGGACAUUUGCCAAAGAAGGCGAGCCAAAACGAUCCGCAUCGCUCCCAAUCACGGAGUUUGAUAGGGCAUUACGUUCGCACUCUGUCGGUCCUGACGACAUCAUCGCAAUCGAGAGCGCGCGUAAUUCCUUGAACGGCGAGCCGCUAAGGUAUCGGAGACGGGCUGCCACGAUAAGCAGCAAGCUUUACGUCAGGAAAAGCAGGGACUUUGGUGACCUGUCUGGCCUCUCUCCAAGACCAGCUAGCGCCCAUGGCAGAAGCAGUUCAGAUGGCCUGGGACAAGACGAUCCGGAGAACAUUGGUAGGGCCAUCACGAGCGAUAUCUUAUGGCAACACAGACGAUCAAGGAGUCUGUCGCAGCUGAAAGACGAGGGCACAACGAAACGCAAGCGCAGUGAUGAGAUACGAUAUUGGAGAGAAAGCUACGACCCGGGAUUUCAAUCACCAACCUCUUCUAAUGUCAACGAGAAUGAAGAUACCGGCAACAUUACGUUCGACCCUCCAGAUGAGACAUCAGUAGACGUCAAGCCAAAGACUCCGCCACAGCCGUUCAACUUUGGACCCAUGGUCGGAAUGAAGAUCACUCAAGCAGCGAGUAUCGAAGAGCGUAUAGUGACACUGGAGACCCGGAACCAAAAGCUGGAGAAACUCGUGGCCCAGUUGUUCGAGCUUGUUGCUGGAGCGAACAACGACGCAGACAUGCCUGAGCCAAACCCCCCUCCAAUCCCCCAAGCUCCUUCUGUCGUCUAUACCUCUUCUACAAUGGCGAAACCAGCACUGUACCAGACAGCAACGAAUGAGACAUUGUCAUCAUCACGGUAUAGCGUCUCUCGCCAUUCCAACGAAUCGUUUGGAGAUGGACAUACUUUCAUCGGGUCUCUCCCAACGUCUACUAGACCCAUGAACCGGCCCACGUCAACCGCUACGGUACGUGGUGCCACGAGUCUGCCCACUUUCCCGAGAGAAGGCUCGGAGUCUUUCAAUGCUGAUCAGUACACAACUCUCAUGGCUCUCCUGGAGACCGAGCGUGCCGCGCGCCAAGUCCUUGAGGCGCAGGUCACAAAGUUGAGGCACGAAGUGAACUUGAUGUCGCGUACCUCUCACAAGUUCGACGCGUUGCGUGGUCCAUUCAACACUACAUAUUCUACAUUCGAGCAUGACGACGACGAAGAUGAUAUCCAGGUGAUAACUGGGGAGGAGGAUUUGUCCGAGUCGGAGGCGUUCAAGACGCCUCGCGAGGAAUACCCCCAGCAUGGAUUUGGCGCGUUCGGCGAGGAGCUGAUCGACGAGGAUGUCGACAGCUCCCGGAAAAAAGCCGCCAGAACGCUGUCUUUGAGCCAGCUCACGUUAGGAAAACCCAAGAAGCCUCAAACGGAAGCCGGAGUUCAGUUAUGA